AUGGAGGUUCCGGGCAGCGGCGCGGAGCUCUCCCUGCCUCCGGACCUGAAGGAUUUGGAGGUGAAACUCGGACAGAAACCUCCGGACGGGCUGAUUCGGUGGCUGCGGGGGGACCCCGCUGCUCACCUGCUUCGGAACAGUCCGAAUCGGGGGCCGCGCCACGGUCUGGGGGAGAAGAUCAAGGCUCUGAAGGUGGAACUGGCCUAUCUAAGAACAAUAGAUAUCAAGAUUCUCCAUCAACUGGUAGCUGUGAAUGAUGGAAUAGAAGCUGUCAAGUGGUUCCUUGAGGAAAAAGCGAUGCUGACCAGCCGCUGUAGCAGCCUUACCAGCAGUCAGUACAGCUUGGCAGAAAGUCAGGAUACAUCCCGACGAGGCAGCUGGAAUAGUCUUCAGGAUCCCAAUGAUAAACUGGAUAGUAUAUCUAUUGGUAGCUAUUUGGACACACUAGCUGAUGAUAUGGAUGAAUAUGGACAAAGCUCUUCUGUGGAGCCCAUAAUGUCACCUACCUCAGGUAGACCUCUGGUCAGAAGUGAAUUAGAAAGAUCGAAGGCAGAUCUAGAGAGGAUCUUUCUUGCAAAAGUGGACAAAGAGCAAGACAAAAGCAAAACUUACCCUGAAUGGGCCUCUGGUUUAGUUAAAAAACAAAGUUUUAACAAGCAAAGUGCACCUGUCCAGCUGUCACCACCAAUGGCUAAUGGAAUCUUGGGUAGACAAGUCCCUAUGCUAGUGCAGAGCCUUGAGGAGAAAUUUACCUCCAUAGCUGCUGAGCAACCAAGUAAAGGGAGUCUAGCAAUAAAGGCCUCCAGGAGCAGCAAAAUGGAUUCAGAGAAUUGCAAACUCAAUAACAGGAAGCACCUGGAAUAUGAUGGUCAAUGGCAGUGGGCUGAGUCUCAAGAAGAUGUGACAUUUUUGUAGCAUCCGUGACUGGCUGCCUGGAUUAACAUAAAGAGAUUCCAGGCUUUAUGCACUAGUCUUUUUGCACCUUGGACUGCAAGCUGUGCUGAA